GCACUCUUGGUAAUGCCUUGUUCGUGGCGUUCCAAUAGUCUGCAUUCAUUGGUCCAUUCGUAGUGGUGGUAUCCGGUGUAUUUAAAGUCCUGACGUGCCAGCAAGUGCGCGCGCAAUGAAUCAAGCCCCAGUUUCUUGCAUUCCUGCCGGGAAGAUGUCAAAAGCGAAGAAGGUGAUCGACGAAGCUCGGGAGAUCCAGAAUCCCGAGCUGGAUCUGGCCGAUAAAGGCAUCUCCACGUUCGAAGAGAUGCCCGGCUUACUUAAUAUGCUGAACAUCACCCGAUUAACAUUGAGUCACAAUAAACUUCAAGUUGUCCCACCGGGCCUUGCUAAUUUGGUUAAUAUAGAAAUCCUCAAUCUGUUUAAUAACCAUAUUACUGAAUUACCUAUUUCUCUAUCUCAGAUGCCAAAGUUAAGGAUUCUUAAUGUAGGAAUGAACAGGUUAAACGUUCUUCCACGAGGGUUUGGAGCAUUCCCUGUUCUAGAGGUUCUAGACCUGACAUACAAUAAUCUCAAUGAAAGAAACUUGCCUGGAAACUUUUUUAUGAUGGAAACACUACGGGCGUUGUACCUGGCCGACAACGAUUUUGAAUAUUUACCACCAGAAAUUGGACAGUUAAAAAAUCUUCAGAUUCUCGUGUUAAGGGAAAAUGACUUGAUUGAAUUGCCAAAGGAAAUUGGAGAGUUAAGCCGUCUACGAGAGCUCCAUAUUCAAGGGAAUCGUUUAACUGUCUUACCACCAGAAAUUGGGAAUUUAGAUUUGGUCAGCAACAAAGCAAUCUUCAGAAUGGAAUUUAAUCCUUGGGUAACACCAAUUGGUGAUCAAUUGCGCGUGGGAAUAUCUCAUGUCAUGGACUAUAUACGUUCCGAAACGUACAGAUACGUUUACAAUCGCCACAUUAGUGCCAAAGGACCACCACCACCUAUUGACAAUGACAAAAGCAAAAAAAUUUCGCGUUCUCAUUAACAUGGCCCUAUCAAUUUAAUGAUACGGUGUUCUUUAAGGUGAUAUGAAAGUGUGAUAUAUACGUACCAAAAAGUCAAAAUAUUUAUAA